CGAGCUUGACCUUCCAUUUAGGAGGAACCGUAAACCUCUGGCUUCUGGGGAGAAAGGGGUUUGGAAAAGGCGCCGCUGGGUCAGAUAAAAGCCCUUUAACAGAACCGGGCGAGCCGGUGGCCUCCGCUCGGCAGUAAUGAAGGCCGCUCGCUAGUUUUUCCAGCAGCGCACAGAAACGCCUCAUUAGCCGGCGGGGGAACAGCGGGCUCUCGUUUCCUCUGCUGCUGCCUCCCCAACCUUUUAUUCUCCUUUUUUUUUGUCUCUCUCGCUCCUCGUCGCUUUGUCCUCCGGCGCGGACAUGCAAACAUGUGCAAGAAAAUAACCAGGGCCGGGAAGCGUGAGCGGGCCGGCUCGGUGCUGCUGUCGGUCAUAAAGUAGGAGGAGGACGGGGGACGGGUUGCCGCAUGAACCGGGGCAGGAGUCGCUCGUUCCCGCAGGCUCAGGAUGAGGAAACCCAAAGGGAUCCGGAUGGUUUCUGCCCUGUGUCUGGGAUGUUUCAUUAUGGUCAUCUUCUACUUUAACAGCAGCCUGAAGCCAGAACCUCUGGGGGAGCGCAGCAGCGGGCAGAAAUCCCGGAGGAGCCCCCUACAGACGCUCUAUGAAGGGGACCAGGCCGAGUCUGCUGUACAGGCCAUCCAUCAGGGUCGGCGGGAGCUGCUGGAAGAAGCCUGCCGCUCCUACACCCGCAAACGCCGAGUCCUCAUCCCCGAAGACCUGAAGCACGUCAUCGUGGACGACCAGCACGGCUUGCUGUACUGCUACGUGCCCAAAGUGGCCUGCACCAACUGGAAGCGAGUGCUCAUGGUUCUGACCGGCGUCUCCGGAGACCACAAAGACCCGCUAGCCAUCCCCGCCAACGAGGCCCACGUCCCAGGAAACCUCCGCACUCUGUCGGAGUACUCCACCGCCGAGAUCAACCAGCGCCUGCGCUCGUACCUCAAGUUCGUUUUUGUGCGCGAGCCGUUCGAGCGGCUGGUGUCGGCGUACCGCAACAAGUUCACGCGGAGCUACAACACAGCGUUCCAUAAACGAUACGGCACCAAGAUCGUGCGCCGGCACAGGCUGGACCCCCAGCCGGAGGCCCUGGAGAAGGGAAACGACGUCUCCUUCGAGGAGUUUGUGUACUACCUUGUGGACCCGGCGACCCAGCGGGAGGAGCCCUUCAACGAACACUGGGAGCGGGUGCACUCGCUGUGUCACCCGUGCCUCAUCCACUACGACGUGGUGGGGAAAUACGAGACGCUGGAGCAGGACUCCCGCUACGUGCUGCAGCUGGCCGGGGUGGACGAGCAGCUCCGCUUCCCCACCUCGUCCAAAAGCACCCGCACCACAGGAGACAUGGCGGCAGACUUCUUCAAGAACAUCAGCCCCUUCUACCAGAAGAAGCUCUACAACCUCUACCGCAUGGACUUCCUGCUCUUCAACUACUCUGUGCCAGCCUACCUCAAGUUCAGAUGAGGGCGGGACGUCAUUCCCCCGCCUGCCUGGCCUGAACUUAUGGACGGGUUUCUCUUCCCGCAGGUCUCAGCACAGACUUUUAACGGAACAGCAGAAAAACUCGACCGGGUUCUCAUAUGCGAGCUGCAGAGAAACGCCUCUGUGCUCAGAGCGGACGAAGGUUGUGGAGGACGGAGCCUCUGCCUGACGGGGCAAACGAGAUUUUAUCGGAGCCGUGGAGUUAACCGUUGGUCACUGGCUCUGAAUGUGUGAAAUGCUGUUCAAGCUUUGGUUUACUAUCAGUCCCGCUGUUUUCUGCUGUUUCAAAGGUUAAUUUGCACAACAAGCGAUCUGUCUGCCGAGUGCAGGAGCCGAAUGAGUUGGAUCCACGCUGUAAACCGGGAGCUAAAGGGAAGUCAGAUUUUCUUGAAACGGGUGUGUUUGUCCUUGGUUUGAGCAGGUCAAUAAGAUGGCCUGCCAAUGCGAUGAGUAUGUUUAGCCCUAAAAUAAGAUGAUUAGAUCUAUUCACAUGAAAUAAGAUGAUGGAGAUGAGUUGUUCCUGUUUUAAGUGCAAAAAUCUCAUUCCAUUGGCAGACCAUUUAAACGUGCCAGCUAAAAUCGAGGACAAAUGCAGUCAUUUUAAGAAAAUCUGGCUUACUUUUAGUUCCCCGUGUGCAGUGAAAGGGUGUGUGGACAGCGAAUGUCUCCAGACAUGUGCCUUGGAUCAUGGGCCUUACUUUCUCUCCAGGCAACAAAGACAGCUUUUCUAACUGUGACUCUUGUUCUUGUUUUUUUUUUUUUUUUUUUUACUGUAGGAAAAAAAAAAAAUUUUGUGUAACUAUUAUUUUUAUUUAUUAUUUCUAGCUCUAAAAAAGCCAAACCAAACUAGGUGUAAGUUCUUCCACGUCUUUCGAAUAAAUGCAUCUCAACAAGA